UAAGUCAAGAGGAAUCUCUCUCUCUCUCUCUAGACUAGACGACGAGGAUGAGUGAAAAUCACGGCAAACGCAGACGAGAGAUCGGUUCGGAUUCGUCGCCGUUCGAUUCCUUUCCGGAGGAUUGCAUCUGCAAGAUAGUCUCCUGCACAAGUCCACGUGAUGCGUGCGUCGUCGCUACUGUUUCUAAAGCCUUUGAAUCUGCGGCGAAGUCAGAUGUUGUAUGGGAGAAGUUUCUUCCGCCCCAGUAUGAAUCCCUUGUUCCUUCAUCGCGUCAUUUCUCAUCCAAGAAGGAGCUAUACUUCGCGUUUUGCGAGGACCCUGUUCUUAUCGACGAUGGUACAAAGAGCUUUUGGUUAGACAAAGCCAGUGGAAAGAAGUGUAUCAUGCUAUCUGCGAUGAACAUCUCAAUCAUGUGGGGAGAUACUCCACAGUAUUGGGAAUGGAUUACAUUUCCCGAAGCUAGGUUUAAAAGAGUUGCGAAGCUUCUUGAUUUAUGUUGGUUUGAGAUUAGAGGCAGGACGAAGACUCGUGUCCUAUCUCCAAGAACACGUUACUCGGCUUACAUUGUGUUUAAGAAGGUAAAUCAUUGUAACAGCUUUGAGGAUGUGGCUAUAGAAGCUGGAGUUGGAGUGGUGGGGAAUGAAGCUUCUACAAGAUUCAUAUACUUUGAUGCGCGAGUGGAUGGGCUGUCUUUGAGGAGGAGGCGAAGGAGGCCACAUGAGAGAAGAGAUGGGUGGAUGGAGAUAGAGCUUGGGGAAUUCUUCAGUGGAGGAGAUAUAAUGAAUAGUGAUGAAAUUGAGAUGAGUGCUUUAGAGACCAAGCUUGGCCAUUGGAAGAGUGGCUUGAUCAUUCAAGGAAUUGAAAUCCGUCCUGUAAGAACCUAGUAAGUAAUGCCCGGGAACACUUAUAUAAUGAAAAAACAGCUUUGCUAAAGGUUGAAUCCUUGUUGGUUGAUAUAUGAUAUGAGUCUGCAUUUUUUUUUA